CGUCUGCGUUGCUAGGGAAACUGGGGGCGGCGCGCUUUCCGGCGCAGUCGCGGCGCGUUGCAGCUGUCAUGGCGGAGACCGUCUGGAACACUGACAGCGGGGAAGCUGUGUAUCGCUCCCGGGACCCCGUGCGCAACUUGCGCCUCCGAGUUCACCUGCAAAGAAUCACAUCAAGCCACUACCUCCAUUACCAGCCUGCUGCCCAGCGCGGGAAGGACAUAGACUUGGCCACUUUCAGGCCUCAGCCAACCGCCAGUGGACACCGCCCAGAUGAAGAUGAAGAGGAAGAGGUCUUGAUUGGUUGGCAGGAGAAGCUUUUUAGUCAGUUUGAAGUAGAUCUGUACCAAAAUGAAGCGGCCUGUCAGAGCCCUUUGGAUCAUCAGUACCGUCAAGAGAUCCUGAAGCUGGAGGAUUCAGGUGGCAGGAAGAACCGACGAAUCUUUACCUACACUGACUCUGAUAGAUACACCAAUUUGGAGGAGCACUGCCAAAAAAUGACUACUGCAGCCAGUGAGUUGCCAUCAUUCUUGGUCGAUCGAAUGGCAAAUGUCAGGCGGCGACGGCCGGAUAGGAGAGGGACGGAAGGCAGCAUCCUCAAGUCACGAAUUGUCACCUGGGAACCCUCAGAAGAGUUCAUCAGGAACAACCAUGUCAUCAACACCCCUCUUCAGACAAUGUACAUCAUGGCAGACCUAGGGCCCUAUGGAAAGCUUGGCUAUAAGAAGUAUGAACAUGUCCUCUGUACGCUGAAGGUGGAUAGCAAUGGUGUGAUCACAGUAAAACCUGAUUUCACUGGCCUCAAAGGACCCUACCGAAUUGAGAGCGAGGGGGAGAAACAGGAGCUGUGGAGGUAUACGAUCGACAACGUGUCCUCCCGCGCACGGCCAGAAGAGGAGGAGCGGGAACGGCGUGUGUUCAAGGAUCUCUAUAGCCGGCACAAGGAGUAUCUCAGCAGCCUUGUGGGCACGGACUUUGAGAUGACCGCACCAGGUGCCCUCCGGCUGUUUGUAAAUGGAGAGGUAGUUUCAGCCCAAGGCUAUGAAUAUGACAAUCUCUACGUCCACUUCUUUGUGGAAUUACCAGCUACUAACUGGUCAACACCAGCAUUCCAGCAGCUCUCAGGAACAACACAGACCUGUGCCACCAAGUCUCUGGGAAUGAACAAGGUGGCUUACUUCUCCUAUCCAUUCACAUUUGAGGUCUCCUUCCUCCACGAGAACGAAUCAGCUGAUGCUCUCCCAGAGUGGCCUGUGCUCUACUGUGAGGUCCUCUCCCUGGACUUCUGGCAGAGGUACCGUGUGGAAGGCUACGGAGCUGUGGUGCUGCCUGCCACCCCAGGCUCACACACCCUGACAGUCUCCACGUGGAGACCCAUGGAGCUUGGCACAAUGGCUGAGCUGAGGAGGUUUUUCAUUGGCGGUUCUCUGGAACUGGAGGACCUCUCCUACGUGCGCAUACCAGGAACCUUCAAGGGGGAGCGUCUGAGCCGCUUUGGGCUCCGCACAGAGACCACGGGUAGUGUCACCUUCCGCUUGCACUGCCUGCAGCAGUCCAGGGCCUUUAUGGAGUCGAAUUCUCUCCGAAAGAGGAUGCGUAGUGUGUUGGAUCGUCUGGACGGAUUUAGCCAGCAGAGUUCCACUCACAAUGUGUUGGAGGCCUUCCGUCGAGCCCGGCGCCGCAUGCAGGAGGCCCGAGAAAGCCUUCCCCAGGACCUCGUGAGCCCCUUGGGAACCAUGGCCUCCUAGCUCACUGUAGCCCUGGCGCUCCAUGUAAGAGGACAAGACAAGAGAUAGCUAAAGCCAGUGCUCUCUCACCUCCUGUCUUUCUUAAUAGAGACCCGCUGAGAAAACCCCCAGGCCUGCCCCUCUGCCUAGUCUUCAGCAGGAUCUUCUCUCUGCCUUGUGGCAAGAAAGCCAGAGACCCUGUGGCCCCCAUAUUCAUAUUCCAGCUACCGCAAGCGGGCAUCUCCACAAGACAGAUAGUUUGGCUCAAGUCCAGUUGGUCACCCCGUGGUUGGUUCUGUCCUCGACACAGCCUCUUUUCUGGCUUGUCUCAGUCUCAGUAGCAAUGGACUGCAGGUGCCUCCAGCUCCACAGCCCCUUUACAAGUGGCGGCUCAAGAAAGAUGGAAAGUGAGAUAGACCUUGAAUUCUCGGCCCAGGAGCCUCAGCCUCUUCUCUCCAGGGUGGCCUAGUCCUACCGCUUGGGGCUUGUUGCAUUUGAGAUAUGACUGUUUCUGGAGUUAAUGAAGGCUGAAGGCGGUGCCCAGUCCUUGCAGCUAGCUGGGUGGUACCUUUUAUUGUGUUUUGUACAUAAAAGCUUUUUAUACUGA